CUCGCGCGCGCGCUGUCGCGUGACCGCGCACGUCGGGUUUUGGAAACUUUUAGCGGGAACGAGCACGUGCGCGCACCCGUGUUCUUUGUGUAGCGAGCGUAGAGAAAGCGCCAAAAAGAGUGACCAUGGCUGAUGAAAAACCAAAGGAAGCGGUAAAGACUGAAAGUUCUGAGCACAUCAACCUGAAAGUAGCAGGCCAGGAUGGAUCCGUGGUGCAAUUCAAGAUUAAAAGGCACACGGCGCUCAUUAAACUCAUGAAGGCCUACUGUGACAGACAGGGAUUGUCUAUAAGGCAAAUCCGGUUCAGAUUUGAUGGACAACCCAUAAACGAGUCAGACACACCAUCACAAUUGGAAAUGGAGGACGAAGACACAAUUGACGUCUUCCAACAGCAGACAGGAGGAGUGAUUUAAUCAAGCACCCCCGCGCGUCACCUUUCCCUCUUUUAUCAACAGAACUAACUAGCCUUGCUACACGCAGCAGAUGAUUUUAUACAAAUGAAAUUGAACAUCAUGGAAAUGUUUAUUUCAUUCCAUAAUUCCAUUCAAAACUUUAAACUUCCAUAGACUAUAGAUUCAGGGCCCACAACUUAAACUAUUUCAAAUAUUUAGUUGUUUAUUUGUACAUCAUUCGGGCCUCCAGCUCACAAAACCCACAAAAACAGGAUUUAAAAAAAAAAAUGGAAUACUGAAGAAAUCAGCCCAAAUUUGCAGGGCAUGAAUGUUUUAAACUGAGUGUCACCUGCACAGGUUUUUCCAGGUGUCAUUAAAUUGGUUCAUUUGUCUCAGUUAGGAUCAAUUAGGUCAGAAGACCAUCAUUGAUAACCUCCACAGUUAAAGUUAAAGUCCCAACGAUCGUCACACACACUGGGUGUGGUGAGAUUUGUCCUCUGCAUUUGACCCAUACCCAUAUUCACCGCCUGGGAGGUGAGGGGAGCAGUGAGCAGAAGCGUGCGCCACGCUCGGGAAUCAUUUGGUGAUUUAACACCCAAUUUCAACCCUUGAUGCUGAAUGCCUCAAGGACUGAGUGCCAAGCGAGGAGGCAAUGGGUCCCAUUUUUAUAGUCUUUGGGAUGAACUCACGACCCUCCAGCCUCAGAGCUGGUCCGUAGGAUGGGUAAGCCACACAAGUUAAUUGCCAAGGAGGCGGGGCUGUUCACAGAGUGCUGUGUCCGAGCAUAUCAAUGGAAAGUCUCGUGGAAGGGCAAAAUGUGGCAGGAGAAGUGUGAACCAGCAGAAGAGCUGACCACAGGCUUCUGCGGAGUAGAUUUAUGCAUCUGGCAGAGAUCCAGAAAGAGUGAGACGCAUCCGGGACAUGGGCUACAACUCUAGGGUUCCUCCGGUCAAACCAUUUCUGAGCCUGAGCAUCAAAGAAAAAGGACUGGAUUUUUUGGGCCAGUGGUCCAAGGUCCUCUCUACCAAUGAAAGUGACGUGUGCCUUUUCAUUUGGGAAUCAAGGUCCAAGGGUUUGGAGGAAGACUGGUGAGGAACAGAACCCAAGCUGGUUGAGGUCCAGUGUGACAUAUCCAGAUCAGUCAUGAUUUGGGGUGCAACGUCCAGGGCAGGUGUAAACUCUGCUUUUGUUAAAUCCAAGGUCACUGCAUUAGCCUACCAGGAUGUUUUAGAGGACUUCAUGAUUACUUCUGCUGAGGAUCUGUAUGGAGAUGCAGAUUUCAUCUUCCAGCAGGACCUGGCCUCUGCUUGAUUGAUUGAUUGAAACUUUUAUUAGUAGAUUGCACAUAUUCCGUACAAUUGACCACUAAAUGGUAACACCCGAAUACGUUUUUCAACUUGUGAACCUGUUUUGAUGCCAAUGCCAUCACAGUUCUUGACUGGCCAGCCAACUCGCCGGACCUUAAUUGAGAGUAUAUGGGGUGUUAUCAAAGGGAAAAUGGGGGGGGGACCCAACCCAAAAACAAAGAUAAGCUGACAGCAAGCAUCAAGGAAAUCCUUGCUUCCGUACAAUUGACCACUAAAUGGUAACACCCGAAUAAGUUUUUCAACUUGUGAACCUGUUUUGAUGCCAAUGCCAUCACAGUUCUUGACUGGCCAGCCAACUCGCCAGACCUUAAUUGAGAGUCUAUGGGGUGUUAUCAAAGGGAAAAUGGGGGCGGGGGGACCCAACCCAAAAACAAAGAUAAGCUGACAGCAAGCAUCAAGGAAAUCCUUGCUUCCGUACAAUUGACCACUAAAUGGUAACACCCGAAUACGUUUUUCAACUUGUGAACCUGGUUUGAUGCCAAUGCCAUCACAGUUCUUGACUGGCCAGCCAACUCGCCGGACCUUAAUUGAGAGUCUAUGGGGUGUUAUCAAAGGGAAAAUGGGGGGGACCCAACCCAAAAACAAAGAUAAGCUGACAGCAAGCAUCAAGGAAAUCCUUGCUUCCGUACAAUUGACCACUAAAUGGUAACACCUGAAUAAGUUUUUCAACUUGUGAACCUGUUUUGAUGCCAAUGCCAUCACAGUUCUUGACUGGCCAGCCAACUCGCCGGACCUUAAUUGAGAGUCUAUGGGGUGUUAUCAAAGGGAAAAUGGGGGGGACCCAACCCAAAAACAAAGAUAAGCUGACAGCAAGCAUCAAGGAAAUCCUUGCUUCCGUACAAUUGACCACUAAAUGGUAACACCCGAAUACGUUUUUCAACUUGUGAACCUGGUUUGAUGCCAACGCCAUCACAGUUCUUGACUGGCCAGCCAACUCGCCAGACCUUAAUUGAGAGUCUAAGGGGUGUUAUCAAAGGGAAAAUGGGGGCGGGGCACCCAACCCAAAAACAAAGAUAAACUGACAGCAAGCAUCAAGGAAAUCCUUGCUUCCGUACAAUUGACCACUAAAUGGUAACACCUGAAUAAGUUUUUCAACUUGUGAACCUGUUUUGAUGCCAAUGCCAUCACAGUUCUUGACUGGCCAGCCAACUCGCCGGACCUUAAUUGAGAGUCUAUAGGGUGUUAUCAAAGGGAAAAUGGGGGCGGGGCACCCAACCCAAAAACAAAGAUAAGCUGACAGCAAGCAUCAAGGAAAUCCUUGCUUCCAUACAAUUGGCCACUAAAUGGUAACACCCGAAUACGUUUUUCAACUUGUGAACCUGGUUUGAUGCCAAUGCCAUCACAGUUCUUGACUGGCCAGCCAACUCGCCGGACCUUAAUUGAGAGUCUAUGGGGUGUUAUCAAAGGGAAAAUGGGGGGCGGGGCACCCAACCCAAAAACAAAGAUAAGCUGACAGCAAGCAUCAAGGAAAUCCUUGCUUCCGUACAAUUGACCACUAAAUGGUAACACCCGAAUAAGUUUUUCAACUUGUGAACCUGUUUUGAUGCCAACGCCAUCACAGUUCUUGACUGGCCAGCCAACUCGCCGGACCUUAAUUGAGAGUAUAUGGGGUGUUAUCAAAGGGAAAAUGGGGGCGGGGCACCCAACCCAAAAACAAAGAUAAGCUGACAGCAAGCAUCAAGGAAAUCCUUGCUUCCAUAACUCCAAUGCCACAGUGCAUCGAGGGAGUGAUUAAGGCAAAGGAAUUCCCUGCAAAGUAUCGAGAAUUGACGUAUCAUUUUAAAAAGAACCAUAUUUCGAUUGAUUUGAUGUGAUCCUAAUUUCUUUUUUUUUCCUGCAAAAACUGAGGAGUAAUUGGUGAUUUCUUCACAGUAUUCACAUUUUUUUUAAAUCCUGUUUUCGUGGGUUUUUUGAGCUGAAACCCCAAAUUAUGUACAAAUAACUAAAUCAGGGGUUGGGAACCCAUGACUUGAUGACUGCAUCUGGCUCUCAGAUAAAUCUUAGCUGAUAUUGUUUGCACGAUAAGUAAUGAAUAAUUCCGCUGGUAAUCACAGUGUUGAAAUUAUAAAACAUUCUCGUGCGUUUUAAUCCAACCAUUCGUUUUCAUCGCGCCUGUUCAAGAUCUCACAUUAAUGGUUAGAAGUAUAUUUAUUAUUGGUUAACUUUAGAAUAACAAUGUUAUUAAAAAGAAUAAGAGAGUUAUUGUACUCUAAAAAUGUUGUUUUUACUUAAAAAUGCACGCAUUUAGUUGUAUUCAGCAUUAAAAAAUAUGAUAUGGCUCUCACGGAAAUACUAUUUGAAAUAUCUGGCUUACGUGGCUCCCUCAGCCAAAAAGGUUCCCGACAACUGAACUGAAUGCUUGAAAUGGUUUAAGUUGUGGGCCCUGAAUCUAUAAUCCAUGGAAGUUUAACGUUUUGAAUGGAUUAAUGGAAAUAAAUACCCUUUUUCCUUGAUAUUCAAUUUUUUGGGGGAAGGGCCUACAUCUUGUCCCGUUGGGGUUUAAAUGACUCCGCUGUAUGGUAUUUUCAAAUAGUGGCCCCUGUUACGUCUGUUUUUUGUACAUAAAAAAACAAUCCAGAUUGCUCGGUUUUGGGUUUUUUCCUCUGUUCAUUCUGUGUUCUACUUAAAUCAUGAGUGGUUCUCGAAUGGGAAUUACCGUGAGGAACCGUCUGGCUUUAAAGCGUCGCAAUACUUUUACAAAUUGGUUAUUAUUGACACGCUGGCCGUCGCGUUCACAUUUCUCAAAGAACGUGGUCACAAGGGGCCGACCCGAUUGCUAAAUUGAUCCGUGUGCUCACAUGUAAAGUGUGUGUCGUCCGCUGGUGAUCAGACCGCACGUCGAUAGCGUUCAGGAUUCAAAUCAAUGAGUGUUGAAAUGGACCUGAAAUCAUAUGCAGACGGAUUUAGAUUUUAUGCGUUUAGUGUGGUGGAAAAAAUUGCUUUGGUUAAUCCAUUCUGCCAGACCAAUGAUAAUAUUUCGGGACAGAGGAGAACAUGUUGCCAUUUUACAGUCUGUAUUGUACCUGUUAAAAAUAAAUGUAUUGUUCUUUUUCCAAAA